AUGAACAACCAAUACUCUAAUUUGAGCGAAAAGCAAAAGAUUUGUCAAAUCCUUGACGGAGAAGUUAUUACCAUUGAAAUGAAUCCAAAAACCAAUGUCUUUUUGGUGAAGUGCAAUGCAUGGACUGAGGAAGAGAGAAGCAGAAAGGGAAAAUACAUUCUGAUCGAUACAGCAACUAUUGGAGAUGAGCUCAAAUUAAUUGACAAGCUCGAGAAAGUUGCUGGAAUUACUCCAAACGAUCUUUCUCUGAUUAUUAUCACUCAUGCUCAUUUUGAUCAUGCUGGAUGUGUAUGGUAUUUUAAAAAACAUUAUCCACAUAUCAAAGUCGCUGUUCCUGCUUUAGAAGCAGAUAGAUUCAGACUUGGUGACCCUGCACCCUCAGUUCCGACAGGCUUGGCGGCCAGAAUACUCAAAAUUAGAGGAAAUCGAAAGGAAUUAAAGAAAAUCGAGCCUGAUAUCCUCUUUCAUGGAGGUGAGAGCUUGGAGGAAUUUGGAGUACAUGCACAAGUCCUUCAAUUAAAAGGUCAUACAGAGGGUGGAAUUUCCAUUGUUCUCAAUAAUAAGAAGGCAGCCAUCAUUAAUGAUCUUAUGGGAGGAGGUUUUUUAAAGUACGGAAAACCAGCCUAUCACUUCUUCCUCUAUGAUCGCAUUGAAAUUCUCAAAAACAUCAAAAUGCUAUAUGAAGAAGGAUUUGAGGCAUUCCUUGUCACUCAUGGGUAUGCCUUUACAAGAAAGCCUUUGAAAGAUUGGCUCGAGAAGGAGCUUUCCAAACAUCACCUCAACACGGUUUGA